AUGAGCAGCCCACCCGUCCGCAAGAGGACAACCUCGGAGCGGCAGUGGUCCUUCAGGCCACUGCCAACCAUUAAAGAAGAGGAGGAGUGGACUGACGAGAGGGAGGCCGAGAGGCAGGAGGAAAAGCAGAAGAAGGAGGGCGUCAAGGAGUACGUCUUUCGGCUGGGCGGGCUGGACCUCUCGGUCCCGGUCACGCGGCCCAAGAGAAGCGUGUGGAGGAGCCGGGCGCGGCGGGCGUGGCGCUUCUGUAUGCACUUUUUUGUGGGGACCAAGAUGUCUGGUCGAACGAGAAUGGGCUAG